GUCAGCCUGGACUGCUCGUAGUGGGAGGCGAUGGAAGGUUUUUCAUGAAAGAUGCCAUUAAGUUGAUCAUCCAGAUCGCCGCUGCUAAUGGGUGGAGAUCGUGGACUCUGUGGAGUCCUACGCUGAGAUGCUGAGGGGAAUCUUCGACUUCAAUGCCCUAAAACAGCUUGUGUCUGGAGCCAAUCACAUUAAAGUCCGUCUGGACGCCAUGCACGGAGUGGUUGGACCCUACGUGAAGAAGAUCGUCUGUGAGGAGUUGGGUGCUGCUGCCGACGGUGCCUUCAACUGUGUCCCCAAGGAGGACUUUGGUGGUCAUCACCCUGACCCCAAUCUGACCUACGCCUCUGACCUGGUCAACGCCAUGAAGGGAGGAGAGUACGACCUCGGAGCCGCCUUUGAUGGUGACGGUGAUCGUAACAUGGUCCUUGGAAAGCAUGGCUUCUUUGUCAACCCCUCUGACUCUGUGGCCAUCAUUGCAGCCAACAUCACUUGCAUCCCCUACUUCCAGAAGACUGGGGUCAAAGGUCUGGCCCGCAGCAUGCCCACCAGCGGAGCUCUGGACAAUGUGGCUAAAGCCUUGAAGAUGAAUCUGUAUGAGACUCCUACUGGCUGGAAGUUCUUUGGUAACCUGAUGGAUGCUGGCAAGCUGUCUCUGUGCGGAGAGGAGAGCUUCGGCACUGGCUCUGAUCACAUCCGUGAGAAGGACGGCUUGUGGGCGGUGCUGGCCUGGAUGUCCAUCCUAGCCCACAGGAAGCAGAGUGUGGAGGAGAUCAUGAAAGACCACUGGAACAAAUUUGGCAGGAACUUCUUCACCAGGUAUGAUUACGAAGAAGUGGACUCAGACAAAGCCAACACCAUGAUCAAGGAGCUUGAGGCUAAGAUGUUUGACAAGUCCUUUGUGGGCCAGAAGUUCUCAUCGGGAGAUAAGAGCUACGAGGUGGCUGUCUCUGACAACUUUGCCUACAUCGACCCUGUGGACGGCAGCGUCUCCAAGAACCAGGUGAAAGACGGGACCAAAAAGGCAUCUAGAGAGGCAUCCCAGCAUGGGACAUGGGGUCUGAGGAUCAUCUUCUCCGACGGCUCCAGGAUCAUCUUUCGUCUCAGUGGGACAGGCAGCGCCGGUGCGACCGUCAGGCUCUACAUAGACAGCUAUGAGAAGGACCCCGCCAAAAUCUACGGCGACGCACAGGUCAUGCUGAAACCUCUGGUGGAGAUUGCGCUGAAGAUCUCCGGGCUCCAUGAGAAGACCGGCCGCACCGGGCCCACUGUGAUCACGUAGACUGCGGGCCCUGCCCCCCACUGUGAUCACAAAGACUGCUGGUCCUGCCCCCCACUGUGAUCACAUAGACUGCUGGCCCUGCCCCCCACUGUGAUCACAUAGACUGCUAGCCCUGCCCCCCACUGUGAUCAGACUGCUAGCCCUGCCCCCACUGUGAUCACAUAGACUGCUGGCCCUGCCCCCCACUGUGAUCACAUAGACUGCUGGCCCUGCCCCCACUGUGAUCACAUAGACUGCUGGCCCUGCCCCCCACUGUGAUCACAUAGACUGCUGGCCCUGCCCCCCACUGUGAUCACAGACUGCUAGCCCUGCCCCCCACUGUGAUCACAUAGACUGCUGGCCCUGCCCCCCACUGUGAUCAGACUGCUAGCCCUGCCCCCCUCUGUGAUUAGACUGCUAGCCCUGCCCCCCACUGAUCACGUAGACUGCUGGCCCUGCCCCCCACUGAUCACGUAGACUGCUGGCCCUGCCCCCCACUGAUCACGUAGACUGCUGGCCCUGCCCCCCACUGAUCACGUAGACUGCUGGCCCUGCCCCCCACUGUGAUCAGACUGCUAGCCCUGCCCCCCACUGAUCAGACUGCUAGCCCUGCCCCCCACUGUGAUCAGACUGCUAGCCCUGUCACACCCUUCCAGGUAACUCUGUCCUAUCGACCCCUCAACCUUUCCACUUGUGCCUAGCCUCUGAAGAACAACCUCACCUCACUUAUACCAUAAAGCCAUCCAAACAAAGGCUUAAAAUGUAACACUGCCAUUCACCAUGAAUAAAACGUCAUUACAAAAUAA